UAGCAGAACAAACUAAUUAUCAUUCAUCUCAGUACCACCGUGACCAGUUGGUAGCUUUGAGAUCUUCGCCCCCCCCCCCAAAACACUUAUCUUAUUAAGAUCUACUUCACGAUAUGCAAGAGCUAUGGCAACAGGACCGCAACCGUUCUACUGCCUAUGGCAGAAGGAGCGCAUCCGUGAAAAGCUCUUCGAUUUACUAUCCAAGGAGGACAUCUGCAAUGUUCGACUCGCAUCUUCAGCCUGCUGUAACCUGGUUACCAAACGGCUAUUCCUACGAACCCACUUGACCUUCACCGCACACACCUUCACUCGGCAAAGCAGAAUAGAGGCAUUGUCGAGGAUAGGCCAACAUAUAGAACAUCUCACCUUUUAUUUUGCACACUCAGAUGCUACCUUCUUACCUCCUCUCAUCCACCCCGAGACUGGGCGAGAGAUCAGCUUCUUAUACAAGCCACAUACCUCCAUGGCAUCAGUCUUGGAGAGACCCAAGUUCGCCAACGAGGGGCUCGGCGAGAUUCUCACGGCGCAGUAUCCACCUCUAUUUCAUGCCGCAUCCAAUGUGCCCUCUUUCAUCAAUGCUAUGAAGCAUCUACCAAACAUGAGACAUCUCACCAUCAAGACUCCGGGCCAAGAUCCCCGGGAGAGAUAUCGGAGGGAUAUAGUUGACUACGCACUCAUUAGCCUCCGUAUAUCUCUCGAGAGGGCACCGAUAAAGAAGCUCUCGAAGCUUUCUUUAUCUUCCAUGCACCCUUCGGCGUUCAUCUACCUACGACACGUUAUGGGCUUCGGUUGUCUGCCAUCAGCGACUCGCCGGUGGAAGCAAAUCCGGAAGUUGCAUAUCUCUGUCGAGUCAUGGGACUUCUAUGGGACAUCGCCGGGGCUCGAUCAUCUCAAGAUGAUCGAUGAUUAUAUCCGCGACUUCUCCUCAAACCUGGAGAAGUUGAAGUUCACUUGGAUUGGCCAGAAGGGACCAAACCCACUGUCACUCGCAGCUGAUCCGUUAUUUGCGCCUCCUCGGAGCUCGCAGAAGUUGUUCAACGAGGUCACCUCCCCAAUGUCACCCCUCCCCCCGGCGCCGUCAAGGAAGCCUGUUGUCUUCCGCAAGUUGCGUUACAUGGCAAUUCGGAACGCGACCAUGAACGCACCUCAAGUAGCUGCCAUGGUUGCGGCGCAUCAACACAGCGUUCGGGAGUUCGACUUUGAGAACGUCGUUCUAAUUAAUGAGGACAGCUGGGACGAAGCUCUCUCGCCGUUAAUGAACAAGAAGUCACGUGGCAACAAGUGGACUCGACACUCAGCCGCGACCAUUAAUGAAGUCGCGAGUAUCCAUGUCCGGGAUCUGGAAGACGACAUCCCUGAUUAUUUCCCUGCUGAUUUCCCUGACCAUUUCCUCGAUGAUCUACCAGAGGAAUCACCAGCCGUCUCUGCAGUAUCCCAGGAGCUUCUGCACCUUGACUUAAAUGGUAGCGAUUACGAAAAUGAUGAUAUCCCUGAAGAAGUUGAGGACCUUGAAUUAUCUCCAGAAUUAGAAGCUGCCCGAAUAGCCAGCAUUUCCUUCCCGCACAGCCUCAAGAAACGCCGCGUUACGAAGCAGCAUCAAACAAAGAAGUCUAAACACGACCACGACAAAGACAACAAGCAGGGACAUCAUCGUCAAAAACGGGAGCAUCACCGGCAGCAUUCCAAGGAUUCGAUCGAGCAAUCAAAGGACAAGCCUCGCCGCCAUCGCCAUCAGCGUCACCAGAAGACCAAGAAACCCGUGGAGGACCCGCCGCAGACCCCUACUCCUCGUUCCAAGCACAGCCGCCAGCCCUCCAACGAGUCGCUCCAUUAUCGCCCCCAGGAACCACCUCAGCUAUCCAUCUCACCCCAGGGCUCUCCCGGUCAUCUAUUCGGCGAAGUCAGCAGCAUCUACUCCACCCUCUCACGCCGCCUCUUCGGCGAGGUCUCCAACAACAACCACUCAGGCUCCGAGCCAGAGCUCUCACACUCGCCCAUCGACGAGUCCGACUCCAUCGUAGACGAGUACUACCGGCCCAGCACGCCCACCAACACCACCAGCACGCCCAUGAUGAACAUCUCGGCGCCCAUCUUCUGCACGGCGCCCAGCAUGCCCGCGCUCCUCGAGCCCACCAUCUACGACCCCACGGCGGAGCUGUGCUCCGAGAUCUCCGCCGUGCAGCGCGACAUCGCGGCCGAGGAGGCGCAGCGCCUCGUCGCCGAGGACACCGACGUCCAGACUAGCGCACUGCGACGGGCUAGGGAGCUUGUGCUCAGUCGCUUGGGGCGCGAGUUCUCUUCUUCUUCCUCUGCUUAUUCUACGGAUACCAAAAAUCAUUACAAUGGCAGCGGUAGUGGUGGUGCGGGCCUUGUAAAAAAGCCCAGCAACGCGGGCAGCUUCCUCAGCAGCUCGCGGUUCCGCGAGGGCCUGUUUGGCAGGAGCACGGCGACGGUGAAUAGCUCGCUGCUGGGACAACAGGACCACAGGAGUAUGGAUGUGCCGAUAUUGUUUAGUCGGGCCUGAUUCUUUUUUUUUUCUUUUUUGGUGGUUGGUGUUACUGGUUUGAUGAUGAUGAUGAUGAUGGUUGGAGUGAAAAAAGGAAGACGAUGUGAUGUGAUGUGAUACGAUAUUAUGAAACUGACACCUUAUCUUAUGACUUGUAAUGAUGAACUACCAUGACUGACUAACUUACUACUUACUAU